CAACUUCCUUGCCACGGAACGGUGAUUCUGUGGAAGAAGCAGUUACUUUACCACAACUGGAAGGAAAAAAGUAUAUCACAAGAACAAGAAUCACAAGGACAAGAAUCACGUAUAUUGCUACCACAAUUAGAGCGAAAUUAUGUAGAAACUGUUCAUGAAAUUGCAGUAGGAUCCUUAACACAUGAAGAAUUGGAAAAAACACCAAGUGGUAAAAUAUCAACCGAAUCAGCAAGAGAAAGUGAAAAUUCGAGACAUUUUGGAAAUACAAUUGGAAAAGAACUAGGAAGUAAUUCUGUUUUUCCAUUAGACCCCAAACCUUCUUAUGAACAUAAGGGAAUAUUAAAUAUAGGUAAACCAUCACAACUACCAGAAAAUCCGUCAAGAGGUGUAUCGGGGGACCAAGGAGAUAAAGGAAGUUAUUUCUCAACAAUAACACAUACUAUUUCUGAAUUUAUAAACGACGUUGAACCAGCACCUGUUCUUGGUGUAUCUGGGGGAAUGGGUGCUUUAUAUUUACUUUUAAAGGUAUUCAAUGUUUUAAAAUUAUAA